AUGCCGAUCACUGUUUUGAUCGAGUUCAUCAGAGACAUGUUCCAACGUUGGUUCUAUGAACGGUACGAGGAAGCCGUCAAGGUGACCAUGCCCCUUAGCCAUUGGGUUGCUAGGCAGUUGAGUAAAAGGUUCAGUGAUGCACAUCACUUUCUAGUUAAGCCUAUCAAUCGAGUGGAGUUUGAAGUUAAAGAUGGGAAGAUGAACGGACUUGUAAACUGGUCCAGGAAUACGCGUUCAUGUUGUGAGUUUCAAACAGAUUUACUGCCAUGCAGCCAUGCCAUUGCAGCAAUAAGUAAAUACAAUCGUGAAGCCAUUGAAUUCUGCACUGACUACUACAAGACAACCGUUUUCGUGGAGGGUUAUUUAGGAUCCAUUAGGCCAGUAAGGCAUCUUAAUGAGUGGGACAUCCCCCCUCAUGUGAAACAAAUUGUUGUCUUACCCCCACUUUGGAGAGGCCAAGCAGGAAGACCUAGGAGGAAAAGGAUUCCAUCAGCUGGUGAAGAUUUGUUUGCUCGGUCAUUCUAUAAGGCACUUUUAGUUACGAACUUUGUUGCCAAACAUUUCAGGCAGAUAAGCAUGUCAAGGCCUCUGUCUGAUCAAGAUCGUGUUAAAGUACAUUCUUACAUUGUUUGUAAAAAUGUUUUCGAUUACAAUCUCCAUCAGACAGGAGCCAUGUAUUUACUUAUCUGCCUGAAAUGUUUGGCAACAAAGUCUGUAACUAAAAGGGCCUCAUAG